AUGUUGAGGGCAUCAGCACCUGACAACAUCCGCUUCAUAAUAAUUGACAUCCAUGACCCAACAACAACACCAGAGCCACCUGUUCCGACAACACCAGCCCUAUCACGGAUGACAAGAAUGCGAAAAGAUAACACAUCAGCUGAAGAAGACAGAACUCCUCAAUCCAUCGCACGUGCUCUCACCUUCAGUCCACCAGGCCCACCACCAGCAAAAAAUCAAAAACGGAGCAGCAAAUAG